AUGCGUCAAUUUUUCCUCUGGACUUCCAUUGUUGGUCUGGCGAGCGCUCAUGCCUCGGGCUCUAGCUACAAUGGCCCGACGGCACGCAUUGAGAAUGGACUGGUUAUAGGUACAACGACUAGUCUGCCAGCUGCAACUGCGAUUGUCAACAAAUUCCUCGGCAUACCAUUUGCUCAGUCACCGCCUGAAAGAUUCUCACCACCAAGACCUGCAUGUCAAGUAUCCACUAUCAACGCAACAGCUUGGAAGCCGGCCUGUAUUCAGCAGUUCAAUUAUCCUUUGGUCGCACAGCAGUUUACCGAGCUGGUGUUCAACAACCCGCCGCCUCAAGAGUCGGAAGAUUGUCUCUACCUGAAUGUCUACGCCCCUGCUACAGAGCCUGACAGUCGCAAAGGCAGGACAGUAAUGUUCUGGAUCUACGGAGGUUCUCUUGAAUUCGGAAACGCUGGACAGCCUGCCUAUGAUGGAAGCCACUUGGCCGGCUACGAAGAUGUGGUGGUCGUGACUACGAACUACAGAACGAAUGUGUUUGGCUUCCCAAGCUCGCCGGAGUUACCUUUGACUGGACACAAUUUGGGCUUCUUAGAUCAACGUUUCGCUCUAGAAUGGGUGCAGCGUAACAUCUAUGCCUUUGGCGGUGACCCUGACAAAGUUACCAUAUUUGGAGAGUCGGCUGGAGCAUUCUCUGUGGACUCCCUGCUCACCAGUUUCCCAAAGAACUCGACACCACCGUUCCGAGGCGCAAUCUUACAGAGUGGUCAAUAUAGCUAUAGACCUCAGCUAAUGGUUGACAACAAACCUGCAUGGUACAAUCUUUCUGGCGAACUUGGAUGUCCCGGAAGUUUCUCGAGCAAUCUGAGCUGUGUCAGAGCAGCCAACGCAACUACUAUCCAACGCAUCAUCGAGGUCAAUAGUCUCGUGUUCAGCCCGAUUCCUGACAACGUUACGCUCGUGUCGAAUCCUGCUCAAAGACGUGUCUUGGGUGAGAUUGCCAAGAUACCUGUUUUGGGUGGUACGAAUGCACAGGAGGGACGUGUAUUCGAAGUCGGUACCACAAACCUCACAACCUUUCUCAAUGGCUUCUUCGGCAGCGUUCCAAGUAUCAUUCCUUUGGUUGAGAAGGCAUACCCACUAGCUGCUAAUAGUUCGCAAACGCCUUACGAUGUAGCCUCUCAGAUCUUCACCGACUAUUACUUCCAAUGUUCACAAGCUCUUUGGGCCAAUGCAUCAGCUGCAAGUGGCAUACCUACCUGGCGAUACUACUUCAAUGCCUCAUUCGCAAACACUCAGCUCUUCCCUAAUCUAGGCGUCUAUCACUCUUCUGAGAUACCGCUUGUGUUCUCAACAUACCCAACCUACAACAUCACUACCCAAGAAUACGCCUUGAGCCGGUAUAUGCGUAGUGCUUGGGCUACUUUUGCAAAGAAUCCGGCUAAUGGACCCGGGUGGAAUGCUGUGGGUACUGGUGCUGCUGGAGUCAUUCUGUCCACGGCAUCUGAUGGCUUGUUGGGUGGAGUAUUGACGGAUUCGUAUGCUAGUGUGGAACAAGGAGCUUGGGAUCUUGGUAUUUUGGGUGAUGUGGGAGGGGUCAAGGGAAGUGGCGUCACUGUCUUGCCUCAGAGUACUGUGGAUGGCAAUUGUGCUUUGUUUGUCCCCCUGUACGAGGCUAUCGUCAAGCUGAACUCUGGAAGCUAA